AUGCUGGUGAGAGACCAGAAGGAGGAUCACGGGAAUGAUCCAGGAGCUGGCAAGUGCAAGGAUGAAGGCACUGACUCUAUUGAGUUUGUCACUCUCUGCAGAGGACGUAUUGUCAGAGUGCCCACCAGUCCCCUUAUUCGAGUAGAGGGCACAGAGGUGGUGAUUCCUUGCAGUGUUAGUGAGUAUGAUGGACCCAGAGAACAGAACUUUGAGUGGGAGUUUUGGAAGGAAAGUAAAUUUGUGCGCAUAGUCAGUACCUGGGACACCACGUUCACCUCUGAGGAGUACCAAAAGCGGGUUGACAGCAAAGAGAUCAAGCUGAGACGGAAUACCAAUGACGCCGUGGAACUUGUGAUCAAAAAUGUUCAGCCAGCUGACAAAGGAGAAUACAAGUGCACCACCCCCAGCACAGAUGCUACUGUUCAGGGGAAUUACUAUGCUACAGUUGACCUGAAAGUGAUUGCUGAUGGCUUAAAAGUGAAUCGCUGCAAUACCCAGUCUUCAGCAUCCCUCAGGCUGUCUGAAGGAGUCUCAUUUGAUUUAUGCUGUUCAGCUUCUACCCACACUUCAGAGCACACUCACCUACAUGUUACCUGGCAAGUGAAGAGUGGCCCAUCUUGGAGGGAAGUUCUUUCUCUGACGCACGAGGGCAAGUUCCAUUCCAGCCCUGAGUAUGGGGAGCGCUACCACAGCGGAGACGUACGCUUCGAUGCAGCAACAAAUGACACUUACUGGUUGUCAGUGUCUCAGGCACUGCCAGUGGAUGAAGGUGCCUACAGGUGUCUAGUGAGCGAGUGGGUAAAAGGGACAGAUGGUUUGUGGCAGAAGAUUCAGGAGAAGAGUGUGGAGACAGCAAGCAUGGUGAUCCAACAGACAGCUCUAGAUGUGGUCCUUAUCACAAACAACGCAUCUGUAACUGAAAGAGACUCUCUGGACCUCACCUGCAACAUCACAACAGACAGAAGUGGCAUUUUCCAAGCAGAGGUCACAUGGUAUUUCAGUGAGUCACCCAGUGUUACCUUGUCUGAUGCCCAGGUUUUGCUGAGUUGGGACCGUGAUUCUGUUGUCAGCGACUCUGCCUUUGUCAGCCUGAGUCGCAUGGAUGGAAAUUCCUAUCACCUGUUGGUACAUGAUGUGGAUGUGGAAAACUCUGGCUUCUACUUCUGCCAAGCCACUAUCUGGGUGCCAUUGCACAAUAGGAGCUGGCACAAGGUGGUGGAAAGAACAUCAGCACCAGUCAAUGUCGUCGUGACAGCAUUAGACCCUGACUACCAGGUACUUCUGAAUGCUUCUAAAGCACCCAAGUUCUCAGAUGAUCCCACAGAACUGGAGUGCAGGAUUACGAAUGCACAGAACACAGAAGAAGGAAACAUACGUUUUACAGUCUCUUGGUACUACAGGCCAUAUAUACGCAGUGAUGAUGUGGUGACAGAUGAACUACUUGGUACUAUGGAUGCAGACUGGAUGCUACUGGUUGGGGAUGGGAGCAGACAACGGGCAGAGAAUGGAGAAAUUAUUUUCUCUAAACAGGCUGUGGAUACCUUCAGUUUACGAAUCCAGUGGACAUCUGAAACAGACCGAGGGGAUUAUUACUGUGUCAUCUCUGCCUGGAUCAGGCAUCGCAACAACAGCUGGGUAAAAAGCAAAGAUGUACCUUCCGCACCUGUCAGCAUUUUCUGGGCUACACAAGAUUACAAGCUGACAGUGGAGGCUGUGAAACUGAAGUCGUUCUUUGUGGCAGGUCACACCUUUGAGAUGACAUGCAAGGUGUCUUCCAAGAAUAUCAAGACACCACGCUACUCCGUCCUCAUCACAGCAGAGAAACCUCUGACAGACCAGUCCAACCCCAGUGGGACCACUCGCAUAAUUUCCUUGAAUCAGGAUUCGGUAGUAAAGCUGGAAGACUGGAAAGACCAGGCUCGAGUGGACGGUGUGGUCCUGGAGAAGGUCCAGGAGAAUGAGUUCCGCUACAGGAUGUACCAAACCCAGAUUUCCGAUGCUGGGCUGUAUCGCUGUGUUGUGACUGCCUGGUCCCCAGGUGGUGGUGGCAUGUGGCGAGAAGCAGUGAAUGGCUUAUCCAAUCCUAUCCAGAUAGAUUUCCAGAACUUAGGUCCUGUAUUUAAUGUCUCGGUGCAUUCGGACAACCUGACCAUUUACCAAGGUGAACUGGCAGAUUUGCUCUGCAUCAUCACGAGGGAAGGAGUGCCACUGGAGCCAGAGGAUAUGUCCUUCGAUGUCUCCUGGUUUGCUGUGCGUUCCUUUGCUCUGGACAGGGAACCAGUCUUUCUCGCCUCAUUGGAUCGGACAGGAAUAGUGACCCAGGCCAGGAGGAAUGGGAGCAGCGAUCUCAGCCUGGAGAGGAUCAGCCCCUUGGAAUUCCGGCUACGUGUGCACAGCAGUGAGGACCACGACUUCGGCAACCACUACUGCUCAGUGACACCUUGGGUGCGUUCACCCACGGGUGUCUGGCAGCAGGAACCAGAGAUCAAGUCCAAGCCCAUAUUUCUGUCUGUGAAGAUGGAUGUGCUGAAUGCUUUCAAGUAUCCACUGUUGAUAGGCACUGGUCUAGCCACCCUCAUCGGACUCUUAUCCUGCCUUAUUGGCUACUGCAGUUCCCAUUGGUGUUGCAAGAAGGAAGUUCAGGAAACCAGGCGGGAGCGACGCCGGCUGAUGUCUAUGGAGAUGGACUGAGCAAGGGAAUGAGAUGCAUGCACGUUUUGGGAGAGAUUCAGAGGGAUUGUCCAGAGGCUGCUUUUAAACUGAAAGUGUUUAACACUUAAAUGUCCCUCGGAUGGUGUUUUUUCUCUCUGAUCUCACCCAGGAUCUAGUGCUUCUCCUCUCUACAUGCUAAGUACUGAGAGCACAGGCCAUAUUUAUCAACACAGAGCUCUCCUCUUCCUGUGGCACUUUCUGUGGGGAUACAUCCUGCACUCAGACUGUCCAGCCUUCUUUCAUCAGGACCUUUUAGACAAGAAUUGCAUUUAAAUCUUUUUAUCUCAUUUUUAAGAUAUCUCUGGUGUGAUCACGUGAUUGGGAGGAGGGAUUUGCCAUGGAGCAGGCAGAGGUUGGAAAAAGCAUUUGCCUUUUAUACAAUCUGCUGACCUUCUCCAGCACCCCAGCCCCACCCUGCCCCAGUGACUCAUUCAGAUCUCUAGUGUUGGGAGGAAACUGCAGUCUGGGUUGCUCUGGACUUGUCACAAUAAGGUGCUGUUGUCAAGGGCUGGUUUGUAAUUAUCACUGUACCCUCCUUCCCCUAUUUUCAGGGGCUUUGCUAUUAACUCCAGAAGAGAGUGUAUGCAGAGGUCUCCUGAGAUGGGUUUUAUUAAUUUUUUUUCUUUUUACCAAGUUCUUUAAGAAAACAUGAAAUCCUUCUUGAUCUCGAUUCUGGUGACAGAUGUUGGCUCACAACCCCCCAGGACUGAAUAAGAAUUUCAUGCUGUCCCUUACAAUCCCUCUCUGUGUGCCUGAACACUGCCCCAUAAGGCUACUGCUUGUAUUAAGAAGGAAAUUCAGUUUUCACGGCCUGCUCAGUUUUGCCUCUGUGCACAGACUGCCAGUAAAGCAUCAGCUAAUGGUGAUGGCAUGUGAUGUGAGUGCAAUCCCUCUCCUUAAAGAGUUAAAUGGCCUUCACCAAAUCUUUUAAAGAUAGCUAGCCAGCCGACCUUUGGCUGGAAAUGGCUUGGAAGCCAGCUAUUGCCAGUGCAAUGUACUGUGUAAUGUACUGGCAGUAGGUUCUAUAGUAAUUUUCACUUUAUUUCCUUGCAGUUGCCUAAGCAAAUCACUACAACCCUUGAAUUUUGGCAGCAGAGAGGGCAUGAUCUAUAGGAUCUGAGUUGCAACUCAGGACAGGAACAGAAAUAGCCCAAGAUGAAUAAGAGGUCCACAGGUUUUGAUGAUAUUUUUGUAAAAUGCAGUGAUCUCUACCUGUCAGCAGCCCCUUGUCCAUUGUGAUGCCCAGCACUAGAGAUCUCCUGGUGGGGUUUAUGAGGUGUACUCCUAGGUGCUAUAGUAGAGAAGCCCAGCUCCAGUCUUCCACAUUCCCCUGGAAUGGCUCUGAAGAAGGUGCUCCCUGUUGUCUAGGCAGCUCUGUGUUCCAGCCUGGCUGGUGUUUUUAAGCAAUAAGAGUUAGACUAUAGACAUUGUGUACACAACCAAAUUUACUGAUACCACACCCAGAGUUUUCGGCUUAAAUAAGCAAUGAGGAAGAUUCAGAGUUGAGGCCUGUGCUUCAUCCAUCUCCACUUUGUUUAGGAAUAAAGGGCAAAUGGUAGGAGAGGCCAUCUCCAAAAGGUCAAGACACCAUCAUAUUGUUAACAGUCUAGGCUUUACAUGGUUAGUCUUAUCUGUAAUUACUUAUCCACCUUGGUGUACUCUCCAUAGGUGCUGCAGGAUCUAACUUCCUAACAGAACUAUAUUUCUCAUCCCUGCUCAUAGGCUCUAAUGAAGCAGUGACUACAAAUAACUUUUGGGGUGCAUUUUCUCUUUCUUACAUUCAAUUACCUAUGUCCUGACUUGUUCUGAAGCUGCCAUAAAACUUUUCUCCAGGAGAUGUAGGCUAAGAUUUCCACAUGGAAUGAGCUAUUUGGGGUCUGAGACUCCCCCCAAAAAAGUUGUUUUUUUUCCCCCAGAGAGUGUAUGCUAAGCACUUAUUUUUCCUUUAAGUGUGUGCAUUUUAAUUGGAACCUCUUUAAUGUUUCAUUUGGGCACCCCAAAAUUGGCACCCAAAAUUACUAGUUGCACUUGAGAUAUCUUGGUCGGAAUCUUCACAGCAGCCUUCCUUAAUACCAGUCUUUUCCUGCAGAAGAGCCUUGAGGGUUUUUUUUUUUUAUCACCUUCCUGAAGCUGCAGGCAGGCAGAGGCUGUCCAGCAAGGAACAUGCAGCAGCCAUAGACGCUUCCCUGUUUUAUAAAACAGGAAACAGUAUUUACUCCACUUUCCAAAGAAGAAAAGUAGUGAAGCUGAUUCAUUAGAGCAGGGGAUGCUGCUCUUCUCGAACCAGCACAGGAUGUUUGUCAUCUUCUUCUACUCUGCCAACCACAGAGGCAGCCCACUUUUCUCUGGUCAUGCAGGAUGUUGUGUCUUCUCUUCAGAUUACUUUUGUCCUUCCCGCACGCAGAGCAGCAACUCUGCUUGUUUUCUUUCCUGCUUUAAUGUUGGCUUUCCUCAUAACAUAGCAGUAUUUUUUUUAAAGAAAAAAAUAAAGUUUCAAGCGUGUCUUUUGUUGGGAAGGAAAAAGAGUUACUCAAAGCACAAGUCACUCGCUCUCCUGGCAGGUUUAGCCCUUGUCUUUGUUGCUUUUUGGUUAUGUUGUGGAAGAAGGGAACCGUGACUGUAAUGUGGUGAUUGUGGAAUGAGCGAGCAGGGAGUGGCCAGCAGCUCCUUAGCACACACCAUGCUCUGGCGUGAAGACAAAAAUCUCAGGGUUAUUUUGGCUUGGGGCUCUUUGCCCAUCAGUCAAGGGUUCCUGUGUCUUAUCUAAUGUUGACUUCCCUUUAGAGACCAUAAUAAAACACCUUCUUCCCACACAAAAUAAAAUGAGCUAGUCCCUAAGCUACACAGCUGCUAGCUCUUUGGAAGGUGAUGCUGCAUCCUCUUAAAUCCUGGUCUUGGUGUGUUUUGAAGGCUGAAAUCCUGGGUAUAGAAGUUUCUCAGCAAGUCUCCUUCAAGCUGUGCCAAUUUUAUAUUAACUAUUUUUUAUAUAAUGGUAAUCUGUCUCCAGCUAUAAAAAAAAAUAAGGUGUGUCAGUCACUCCUUCCUAUGGUUUUUUUUUUUUUUUUUUUU